UCCCCAACAACACAAACGCUACAUUGAGCAGAGGAAACGGAAAAGACGCAACACACGAGAAGACGGCUGUUUUGUCGCCCCCCUCUCAUUUGAAUACCCCGUGGAAAGAACCACAGACAUCGUUCUUUUCCCCAUACCUCUUAUUCUGAGCGGUCCUCGUUUUUUCGAUCGCCUCCGAUUUUUGCGGAUUUUGUUUAUUUUUUUGGGGGGGGGGGGGGUGGGGUGGUGGUGGUGGGGCAGAAGUUGCCAGCUGUUAGCAGCUGGCAGAAAGCACCCGCCCUGCUCAGGAACAAGGCACUCGGAGGAGGAGGAGGAGGAGGAGGAACGAGAACGAGGGCUGAGAGGGAGACAUGGCACCCCAGCAAGCGCAGCCGCAGGUGAGACAGCACAUGGUCAAGUUCCUCCGGAGCUUCCCGGGGGUCACCCGCCUGCUGCAGAUCGUCUUCGGCGCCGGCCUGUGGGUCACCAUCGCCGCCAACAAGUACGAGGGCUCCAUCCAUUUCGUCCUGUUCGUGGCGGUGCUCUUCUGGCUCCUGUGUCUGGGCCUCUUCUUCGUCGCGCUGCUGGACAAGCAGGACGCCGUGCCCGUGCUCGGUGGCCCCCGCUGGCUGUGCGCCAACCUGGCGCACGACGCGGCCGCCGCCGCGCUCUACUUGCCCGCCGUGGGAGUCAUGGUGUACAAGACGGAUCGCAAUUCGUACUGCAACUUGGAGCAGUACAAACACUUCUGCUUGUACAAGGUCUACCUGACGGCCGCCGUGUUCGCCUGCCUGUGCUGCCUGGCCUUCCUGCUCUCGGUGGUCUACGGUGCCUGCAGGAAGAGCCGAGGGGAGCAGACGCUCAUCUGAGGGUAGCGACUUACUCUUUCUUUUUUUUUUUUUUUUUUUUUUUUUAUAAACCACAGCAAGAUGAGGAAGAGUUAACUUCACUGUAAUUUCUUUGAAUCUAUCACAUGCAGAUGUCUAUUUAAAGCAGGGGUGUCAAACUCAUUUUUUGUCGCUGGCCAAAUUGUCGUUAAUGGUUUCCCUCGGAGACCCUAAUGACUGUGGAACUGCAUCAAAUGUAUAAUCGUCUCAUCAUAUCGUUACAUAUACCGUUCAGUGGAACCUCGGUUUUCGUAUGCCCUACUUUUCGUAGGAUUUGGUUUUCGACGAAAUUCGGUCCCAGUGUCACGCCUAACUUUCUCGUUUUAAAAUGCGUUAUUAAAAGUGAAGACAAUUUGAAAUUUUGGUCCAUGAAGUCGAUGUACAUGAUUUUCUUACACAGGCCACGUGAAAUGAUAUGACAGGCCGGAUCUGGCCCCUAGGCCUUGUGUUUGACACCUGUGAUUUAACAUAAGGGGUGGGAAACAUAAAGCGCCUCCGUUUUCCAACAUUUAUUCAGCACAUACAGUGGUACCUUGACUUUCGUCAUUCCGUGACCAAGCUCGUAGCUCAUUCUACUCACACAACAUAUCAAUGUUCUCCAUUAAAAUGCCAUUAAUCCGUUACAGUCACCCCCCCCCCCCAACAUUUUUUAAUUAAUUGAUAAUGUUAACAAAUAAACUGGUUUCAUAAAGUGCAAGUUAUUGGAUUCACCUGUUCGCAGAUUUUUUUCACAAUUUUUAUCCUUUUUUAAUUUUUUCGUUCAGUUUUUUUCCAUUUUAUGGGGGGAACCGACACCGAAAAUGCGUUUUUUUCCCCCCUUAUUCGAUAAUAAUAAUUGGGUGUCUCAAAAUAUAUAUAUUUUUAAAUGCAAUUAUAAUGGCCGUCAAUUAUCACUACUUCAAUGUUCACCGAAUAGCGGGGUGUCCACUGCAUCCAUGUGUACCUUUAAGGGGUGUGGUCAAGUGAGUGAUGUCAGCAACUGGAUUCCUUGCCAGUGUUCCCAUUUUGUUUUCCUAUCAGUUUGUCAUAUUCAAUAAAUGGCUGAGCAACUCUGGCUCUCCUUUCCCACAUGCGAGGGCAUUACAGUACCUUAAUUGUGUCCAAUUUUAGCUCGCAUCACAAAGCUUCUGCCAUCUAGUGGAAGAGCAUUUAAUUGUCCUGCCUGUCACUAUAUGUCGCUGGCAUAGAGAGAUGAACAAAUCUAUAUUAUUUGUAAACCACAGCUAGUGGUUGGGAAUCACUGCCCUAGAGCUUUUAAACUGGUCCACUAUGCUAUUCUUAAAACAAAUCAAGAGGAAGUGUAAUUUUAAAAAAUUACAAAAUCCACAUUUGUCCCAGAAAUGCUUCCAAAGUUAAUGCAUCAUAUUGUUUCUCAGAAAAGGUGCCCCACCCCGGCUUUUAAGGUGCUUAUACAUCCACACGUGGAUUGUUUUCAUGAUUCCACAAGUGCAUACUAUAUUAUUUUUUGUUUUGCUUUGUAUUGUUUUUUUUUUUUUUUUGGGGGGGGUCAGGCAUCUACUACAGGGGUCCUCGGUUUAUGGCAUUCUGUUGCCACGGCGGCGACAUACCCUGAAGUCGCGUCGUAGUCCAUCGUUAAAAUGCACUGCAGUCAGAAAGUCGGAAAAUGUUAAAUAUUUGUAUGACAACACUGCGGUGCACUAGUGGUUAGCACUUCUGUCUUAAAGGUCUGAGGCUCAAGGUUCAAAACUCAGCUCAGUUGGAAAAAAAAAAAAAAUAC